AUGCCACAACAAAAUGAUGUUAUGACAAGCCUCAGUGCCACAACAAAACCUACAGAAGUUCAAUCACCAUCAGUUACAAAGGCUGUUCUGCCUACAGGAAUAGCAGUUUUGGUCAAGAAGAUUGAGUGGGAAGAGAGGAGCAGCAAGGUUGCGUCAGAAUUUAUAAUAAGACUGGGAAAUGCAAGGCACAAGAAUUUAGUCAGAUUGUUGGGGUUUUGCCACAACCCGCAUCUAUUCUAUCUUUUGUAUGAUUACUUGCCUAAUGGGAACUUGGCUGAGAAAAUGGAAAUGAAAUGGGAUUGGGCUGCAAAAUUCAGAACAGUAGUUGGAAUUGCUAGAGGACUUUGCUUCCUUCACCAUGAAUGUUACCCAACUAUACCUCAUGGUGACAAAAAGGCCAGCAACAUUGUAUUUGAUGAAAAUAUGGAACCCCAUUUGGUAGAAUUUGGGUUCAAGCAAGUAUUGAGGUGGAGCAAAGGCUCAUCACCCACCACAAAUAAGUGGGAAACAGGUGUAGCAGUGUCUCAACUUGAAUACUCAAGGGCGAUAGGAUCCCUCAUGUAUGCAAUGAUUAGUACUAGGCCUGAUAUAGCUUAUGCUGUUGCUAAACUCAGUAGGUUUACAAGUAAUCCUAGUUCUCAUCAUUGGCAAGCUAUGAAUAGAGUAUUCAAAUACUUAAAGGGAACCAUUGAUUAUGGUUUGACAUAUACUGGAUUUCCUUCGGUUAUUGAAGGUUAUUCUGAUGCAAGUUGGAUAACCAAUAUGGAGGAUUAUUCAUCCACAAGUGGUUGGGUAUUCCUCCUUGGAGGAGGUGCUAUCUCUUGGGCAUCCAAGAAACAGACCUGCAUUACAAAUUCAACAAUGGAAUCUGAAUUUGUAGCUUUAGCAACAGCUAGUAAAGAAGCUGAGUGGCUAAGAAAUCUGAUCUAUGAGAUUCCAUUGUGGCCCAAACCUAUACCUCCCAUGUCUAUCAGAAAGCAGUAA